GGCACUGAGCGUAUCAUGUUGAAGAUGAGCGGGUGGCAGCGACAGAGCCAAAAUCAGAGCUGGAACCUGAGAAGAGAGUGUUCAAGAAGGAAGUGUAUCUUCAUACAUCACCACACCUGAAAGCAGACUGAUCCAACUGCAGAGAUGGCAGCUGAGUCACUGCCUUUCUCCUUCGGGACACUGUCCAGCUGGGAGCUGGAAGCCUGGUAUGAG